GCCUGAAGAAAGUCCAGCAGCUUAUGUAGAGAGAAUUAUGGAAGCCUUUUGGCAGUACGCUCUGAUAGAUCCCACCGUAGAAGAGAGUAAAGCAGCCGUCAUGGUGGCCUUUGUAAAUCAGGCAGCCCCAGACAUUAGGCGAAAGGUGCAAAGGAUAGAUAGGCUGUGUGAGGAAACUCUACAGGACUUGCUAGAGGUGGCAGAAAAAGUAUAUAAUAACAGGGAAAUGCCUGAAGAGGAGUUAGAGAGACUAAGAUUGGAAGAUAGAAAGUUUCAAGUGGAUGAGGCGCGCAGGGUGAACAAAGAAAUGGCCAAGAUCCUACUCGCAGCUAUGGGAGGAGGUCAGCUAGGGGCAAGAGGCCGGGAGCGACCCUGGAGGGAGAGGCUAGGCAAAGAUCACUGUGCCAAUUGUAAGGAGCAUGGGCACUGGGCUAGGAAUUGCCCCCAAGAGAAAGGGGGAAGGUAGAGCUGAAUCCUCUGAGAAGAUUAUGGUGGUGGGGCAAAUAGAGGAUGAAUAGGGGGACAGGGUUCGGUUCCCCUCCCCGAGUCCAGGGUAACUUUACUAGUGGAGGGGAGCCCAGUCAAUUUCCUGGUAGACACAGGGGCAGAACAUUCGGUGAUUACUGAGACCACGGGAAAACUGUCUAAUAAGACUAGCUGGGUGCAGGGGGCAACUGGAACCAAGCCCUACCAAUGGACCACACGGCGAAAGUUGGACUUAAGUUCGUGACAAGUGAGUCAUGCCUUCAUGGUCAUUCCAGAGUGCCACACCUCAUUAUUAGGGAGAGACAUACUCACAAAAUUAAGAGCCUGUAUUUACUUUGAAGAAGAAGGAAUAAUAACUGAUGAUAAAGGCAACCUUAUUAGCAGCCCCCGGGUCACUCAAAUCUUGACCUUGGCACAGGCGGAUGAGUGUAGACUAUACCAGCCUGUGAGGGGUCAGGAAAAGGACAUAGAGCACUGGCUCCAUGAAUUUCCCAAAGCCUGGGCUGAAACGGGGGGUGCAGGGUGGGCAAAGCAUCGGCCACCUCUAUACAUUGAGUUAAAACCAGGGGCUGAGCCAGCCCGAGUUAGACAGUACCCCAUGCCCCAGGAGGCUAAAGUGGGAAUAACGCCCCACAUUCGAAGGCUCCCAGAUGCCGGGAUUCUCCGGAGGUGCCAGUCAGCCUGGAAUACGCCUUUGUUGCCAGUGAAGAAACCGGGUGGAAAGGAUUAUCAGCCCGUGCAGGACCGCAGGGAGGUCAACACGCGUGUCCUAGACAUCCACCCUACGGUUCCUAACCCCUACACCCUACUAAGCUCCCUUCCUCCAACUCGGAUUUGGUACACUGUCCUAAAUUUAAAGGGUGCCUUUUUUGGCCUAGCUGUGGCCCCGCACAGCCAAGAAAUAUUUGCCUUUGAGUGGCAGGACGAAGAGAGAGGGAUCCAGGGGCAGCUGACUUGGACAAGACUGCCCCAGAGGUUUAAGAACUUGAACACCUUGUUCAACGAGGCCCUUCAUGAAGACCUGGGUGAGGACCGUGCCAACCACCCAGAGGUGACCCUGCUGCAGUAUGUAGAUGACUUACUAUUAGCUGCUCCGACCCUUCAGACCUGCCUGGAGAGCACCAAACACUUACUCAGAGUGCUAGGGGAAAUGGGCUACAGGGCUAGUGCCAAGAAGGCCUAGAUUUGCAAGGAUGAAGUCACUUAUUUAGGAUAUAAAAUUAAGGGAGGCCAAAGGUGGCUAACAGAAGCAAUGAAACAGACUGUGCUUGGAAUACACACCACAACCUCAUGUCGGAAAGUACGGGAAUUCCUGGGGUCAGUUGGGAUACUGCUGCCUCUGGAUUCCGGGGUUCGCAGAGAAGGCUAGACCCUCGUAUGAAGGGUGCGAGGCAGGGAAAAUGUGGCAAUGGACAGUGCAGAUGGAGGGUGCCUUUCGAGCCUUGAGAACAGCUAUGUUAGAGGUUCUGGCUCUGCCGCUCCCUGAUCCCACAAAAGAGUUCCACCUGUUUGUAGACGAGAAGAAGGGAAUAGCCAAGGGAGUGCUCACACAGGCACUAGGACGUUAGAGGCGCCCAGUGGCGUACCUGUCAAAAAAACUAGACCCGGUACCGGUGGGAUGGCCGGCUUGCCUGCGAAUCAUCGCAGCUACUGCCUUACUGGUCAAAGACACCGAUAAGCUCACCCUGGGUCAGCAUUUGCAGAUGACCAUGCCUCACGCCAUAGAGGGGAUCCUGAAGCAGCCGCCAGGAUGAUGAAUUACAAAUGCGAGGCUGACUCACUGCCAGGGGCUUCUGUUGGACACUCCUCGCAUUGAGUUCCGGACUCCUGCCAUCAUGAACCCGGCCACACUCCUGCCGGAUCCCAAGCCGGAAACACCUGAACAUAGUUGCCUCGAGAUCUUGGCUGAGACCCAGAUGGCCAGGAAAGAUCUAAAAGACCACCCUCUUCCAAACAGCGACCUGACCUGGUUCACCGAUGAGAGCAGCUUUGUUCCGGACGGACACAGGUAUGCGGGGGCGGCUAUAGUGAAUGAGCGGGGCAAUCUUAUCUGGGCAUCACGCCUCCCACAGGGGACAUCAGCCCAGAAGGCGGAACUGGUGGCAUUGAUGGAAGCCCUCCGCAGGGCCCAAGGAAAGAGGCUGACGGUAUACACCGCCAGUCGCUAUGCCUUUGGGACAGUACACAUACAUGGGGCUCUCUAUGAAGAGAGAGGUUUCAUCAUGGUGGAGGGCAGAGAAAUCAAACAUAAGCCUGAAAUACUUCAGCUGCUAGAAGCCAUUUUGUUGCCAAAAGCAGUGGCAGUAGUCCACAUUCCGGGACACCAGAAGGGGGAUUCUUUUGAAGCCCGGGGCAACCAGGCUGCAGACGCUGAGGCAAAAAGGGCUGCAGAGGAACCAGCACUAACAGAAGUUCUAUAUUUGAGCUUGCCACCUCCUGGGAUGGGAAAAAUGCCCCCCCAACCGGAUUAUUCCAGCACGAAUAUAACCUGGGCCAAAGAAAAACUGCAGGGGACACAGAGUAAGGACGGCUGGCUCCAAGAUGGAGAGCAUCGCCUAGUAGUCCCUGAAGCCUUGGGGAACCACCUGCUAGGACACUUGCACCAGACGACGCAUCUGGGAAAAAGGAAGAUGCUACAGUUGCUGGACACUGCACAAAUCAGAUUCAAAUCACAAGGAGAGAUAGCAGAAGACAUUGUCCGGAACUGCCGUGUCUGCCAGGUUAUGCAGCCAGGGAGGAUCAGAGGGACCCAUGCAGGUUGACGGAGUAGCAACCUGGAUCCACGCGAGACCGGCUGGUGAGGAUGAGCAGAAGCAACGGCAGGACGAGUGGAGGCGACGGCAGACCUCACACAUCCACUAAAGACCAGGCUGACCCAUGUGGCGUCUGCAGAGUAAAUGAGACUAUUGACUCAAAUUCUGGUAGAACUGCUGAUUGCCCUUCUAGGACUCAAACUGGGACUAGUUACCCCAAAGAUUGGGACUAAGCUGCAAAGAUGGGGUUUGGUAUUGUUCUAUGUUUCAUAUGCAAGCGCAUUAUGGAUAUCCUGCUCUUAGACCAAAGUUUUGCAGUUGUAAUUAAUAAUGAUAAUAACCCACAUUAAUAAUAAUUAAUUAAUUAUUAAUAAUUAAUAAAUAAUAAUAACCCACAUCUGCCAUAUAAACUUACAUGGAAAAUAACGAACUUAGAAACCCAUGAGGUAUACAAUAGCACCUCAAGGGCAGAGCCACUAAACACCUGGUGGCCAGAUUUAUAUUUCAACUUAGAAAAAGUCAGUCCCCUAGAAAAGCAGCACAGACAGUAGUGAUAUCCCCAGGAGUCCCCGCUGCUGCCCCAAUCCCCAGUUCUUGGGUAACUGGACCAUGGAGGGAAGACGUGGAACAGAUCUCUAUGAGCCAGAAUGGGUUUUACGCCUGUCCGGGAUUCCGGCCCCCUCAGGAAAACCGUCAGUGUGGGGAUAUUGGAGGUUAUUAUUGUGCCAAAUGGUGGUGUGUGACCACAAAUGACAGGGAGUGGAAAUGGCAGGUACAAUCUCUUUUCAUUAAAAUGUCCUAUGUCCAACUUUGUACUAGAAACAGGUAUGUCAGAGACUGUAACCUGAUACGGGUAAAAUUUACAAAAGAGGGAAAGAAAGAUAAAAGGUGGAAGUCAGGGCUGUCCUGGGGAAUAUGCCUGUAUCAAAGGCCAUCUCUCUGCUCCAUAAUACAAAUCAAACUUAGUGGCUCCCAUUACAGGUGCUGUAGGGCCUAACCCAGAGGUACAGGUAAAAAGGAAAAAGCAGAACAGACCAACUCUGCAACCAACAGUCUCCUCUCCACAACUCGUCGGGGCAGAAACUGUAAGUCAGGUCAUCCCCAGAGGUCAGAACACCCCUGAAGCAGAAGAAACCGAGUACUCCCUAUGGAACAUGCUGACAGCGGCAUAUGAGACUUUAAACCACACUGAACCAGCCCUCACCGAGGCGUGCUGGUUAUGUUAUGAUAUCAGAUCUCCUUCUAUGAAGCAGUGGGAGUAGCUACCCCCUUUAGCCAGUCAGGAGAAGAAAUUCCCAAGUCUUGUAAAUGGGACCACAAGAGACCAAGACUGACUCUUCCGACAGUCACCGGAAAUGGAACCUGCAUAGGAAAGGUGCCUGCUAGCCACUCGCAGUUUAGUGCCGAGGUUCACCCUACCAUAGACCGGACCAGUGGAAUAAAAUGGCUGGUCCCAGCACUCAACGGGUGGUGGGUCUGUUCAAAGACAGGCCUAACCCCCUGCCUAAGCCUAUCAGUCUUCAAUGAGUCUGAAGAAUACUGCAUUAUGGUACUAGUGUUCCCAAAGGUCAUCUAUCAUCAAGAAGACACCGUCUAUGCUGCAUGUACCAGAGAAGGAAAGGACUCCAACUUAAUUAAAAAAAAAAAAAAAAAGGAGCCUUUCAUAGCAAUAACCUUAGCUACUCUUUUUGGCCUGGGGGCAAUAAGAGCAGGGACAGGCAUCUCAUCCUUGGCAGUGCAGCGUAGGGUGUUCAAUAGCUUAAGGGCUGCUGUAGACGAAGACAUAGCCAGAACUGAGGAGUCCAUCUCCCAUUUAGAAAAAUCCCUAACUUCAUUGUCCGAAGUAGUGCUGCAGAACCGGAGGGGGCUGGACUUAGUAUUCCUCCACCAGGGGGGGCUAUGUGUGGCCCUAGGAGAAGAGUGCUGCUUCUAUGCAGACCAUACUGGAGUAGUUAGAGAGUCCAUGGCAAAGGUCAGGGAGGGACUUGCCCGAUGAAAACCAGAGCGGGAGCAACAACAAGGAUGGUUUGAGUCGUGGUUCAACAGUUCCCCGUGGUUAACUGCUAUCUAUCUUGUUGGGACCUAUAAUAGUGCUCAUGCUCAUCCUCACCUUUGGGCCAUGUAUUCUGAAUAGGUUAGUCACUUUCAUAAA